AUGCUACCUGCGACGACAGAUGAUAGCCUCCUGGACAACCUACCGGCUGCAGACCUGCUGCGUUAUUCUCGGACAUGUAGAGACACCUAUGCGGCCGUUUCUUCUUACAUUCGACGGACGUUUCGUAUAGAAUGCGUAUUAGGGAGAUACUUCUCGCCAGAGGAGAUCCUUCACUUCCGCCACCUUCAAGCAGCAACGGGGAUGAUCAUCUCAGGAUCUACUGCGCUUCAGUUCUUCGACCGCUCUUUUUAUCCGGACUCGGAUCUGGAUAUAUAUGUUGAUCAUCCCAAGAGGAAGACUAUUGCUCUGUGGUUGGCUGGUAUUGGGUACGAGUAUGACCCGAAGCAGGGGCUUGACACGCUGGACGCCGCGUUGAAUCAUCAACCGUGGUGGGACGAAGAGAAGUUCUCGGACAGCCACUUCCUGGAAGCAACGCCGAAGGGGUAUUUUGGUGCGGUCCAUGUCUUCAAUUUCAAGAAAUCUGGUCAGAAGAUCCAACUCAUCACGGCGAACCUUGCACCGAUGGAUAUGAUUCUCAACUUCCAUUCAACAUGCGUCAUGAAUGUAAUCACGCACGAAAAAGCAUACAGUCUCUACCCGCGAGGAACGUUUAACGAACGACGGACCCUGCUCUACCUCCCCGAAGAGCCGAGACAAGCUAGUGCCCACGCGAAGUACGCGGCACGAGGCUGGGAGCUGGUUCCUACAAUCACCGAUGAGGAGUUCGACGACCCAAGUUUCGCGUUCGCACACGGGAAUCGGUACUUGGGUGAUGCAAAGUGCUGGACCAUACCCAUCCUUCCCAAGCUUGACCUCCCGGAAAGCCGAAUCGAGGCUCAUACAUGGGCGUUGCUGUACGACACCGAUCUAGAGCCGCAGAUGUCGUUCAUGAUAUUCAGGUCGCCAAAGCUGCAGCACAAUUAUCUUGUCGUGGAUGGUGUGCUGAGGAAGCACUUGCGGAAGGUAUUUCGCCCGAACCGUCGUAAGACCAAAGAGAUUGAUGCCGACGCCGAACUCCAUCAGAUAGUGAAGGGUUAUCUUCAGUCUCAAGGACUGUAG